UGCGCAUGCGCUGUCCAAGCAUUGAGCCCAAAGUCCGCCCCACCGCGGCGGUUGCUGGCAGUAAGGGACGAGAUGAACGGUGGGGGUCCCGUGACCCUCAGCCCAAGUAAAACUGGAGAGCCGCCACUGUCCGGCGGCGCUAGUAAGAAGCGAGGCUCGCUGGGGGCGUCUUCCUCACCUCCUAUAUUAAAGGAUGUUGGAGAAAUAUAUUCCAGACUUUUGGAUCACAGACCAGUUAUUCAAGGAGAAAUUCGUUAUUUCAUUAAAGAAUUUGAAGAAAAACGUGGUCUCCGAGAAGUGCGGGUUCUUGAAAACUUGAAAAACACAACUUUUGAGACAAAUGACCAAACUCUGCCAAAGUGUGAACAAAUGAUGCAAGGGAACCUAAAUGAAGCUCUCGGGAGAUUACAGGUAGCCAAUGAAAUGAUCAACAGACUCCAGGGGAGAGAGCAGGAAGAAAGAAAGCUUCAGACUGAGAAGCUAAUGGUUGGUGAAACACGACGCAGAGCUCUGUGGGAGGAGUUUGUGAAGGAGCAGCAGAACGCAAAAGCAGUCAUGGACGAACAGCACAUCAAAGCGAUGGAGCGGCUCAAAGAGCAAUAUGCCGCAAUGGAAAAGGACCUCGCCAAACACACUCUUUAAGAAACUCUCAUGCUCAGUAAGACUGUUCUUCAUUUGCAGUAUUGCUUUUCUUAUUCCAACAUCUUCCAAUUUCAGGGUUACCAAGGAAGUACCAGAAUUCAAAUAGCAUAGCAGGAAUAACAAGGAAUUGGGGAGUGGGGCUCUGCAACUAAUGUAAUUAUUCUUUGGCACUGAUCCUGGCGGCAUUCAGACGAUCAAGCCUUUGCUUAAUAAGCCAGGAUAUUCACAAGCUCAGUGCCAUCACACUCACACCCUCUGCUCCCCAUUUCCUUUCAGUGGAGAAACAAACCAGGAAGCCGCAGUUAAGCAUAGCUUCCUGUUGUGUCUGAACUGGGAAACCAUGCUUAAUAUCUCCCAAAUAAGUGAGAAUUUGUAAGUCAACCUUAACUCCAUGGACAUGGUUUAUUGUGUCCUGGCUUGCUUGGAAGCCAUUAACCAUAGUUUCCUGGUCCAGACAUAGCUGGAAGUUUAUGGUUAACUGAAGUUUCCUGGCUUGUUUCCCCACUCAUAUGAAGGGAGGAGUGAAGGGGCGCCAUACAGGUACAUGGAACAUAAACUGGAGUUACUAAACUAAGAUAGGAUUUGAUUGUCUGAGGCAGGUAUUUAUGUUAAGUGUUAUUUAAAAAAAAACACAAGUCUUUGUAGGAACAUAAACAGUAUUCUCCCUUGAUAAUUAAAUUAGUCUCUCUGUUUCUAUGUACAAUCAUUCAUCUUGUAAAUGCAUCCCAUUCUUCAUGCAGGGAAGUCAAAUGAGCUCUUUCACAAUUCUACCUUGGCUUUCAGAACAAGGGUGAUGGUGAAAAUUAAAUUUGAGAAAUCUUCCAAAGCUACAGAGUUAUGGAAGUACAAUGCCCUGAGGUUUGUGGACAGACUUUUUGCUAGAAAGCUCACCACAAAGAAAUCUGAAAGAUCUCUCAGAAGAACUGAUUAAAAAAAAAUAGAAUAGCAAGAAUGGGUGACAACCUGAGAUUUUCAAAAGUAUUAUUCCUCCUGUUAUCCAGCAUUAUAGGGGACAACUACUACCUUUUUUUUUAGCACUGCAUGUGAGCAACUUUUGCUCGAGAUGAACAACUUUACAUAUCAAUUUGUGUUCUUACAAGGAGAUGGUAUUAUGGAACAUGAUGAGCUCCUGUCUUCACUGUGAUUAAUCUGCAUUAAAUAUUAGAAUAACAGAGGGAAAGCUCCUUUAUUAGUCCUUUGUAACCCAACUUUCAAAGAAUUCAUUAAUAACAGGAUGAAAGCCAAGGCAGGCUAAGUGAGGAACAGGAAGAUCAAGUGUUAUUUUAACAGCUAGGCAGUGCAUAAAAUAGGAACAUGUAAAACAAAAUUACUCAUUAUCUGUGUUGCAACUGCAGAUGGCCAACAAUGGUUGCCUGUGUGAAUGUAUGGCUUAGUGUCAAGGCUCCAUCCUGGCAGCCUGUUGAUAAUGUGAUUAAAGUGAGCAGAGGAGAUGGAAUAA